AUGACCACCAUCAAUGACUUGACCUUCAACCAGGACUACUCGUGCAUUUCUAUUUCUACCUCCAACUACCAUCGCAUCUUCAACUGCGAGCCAUUUGGUCAGUUCUACUCUUCGUCUCACGGAAACAUUAAAAAGACCCUCUCCAACUCCAUAGAAACCAAUACUGUCAACGCCAAUGUUGAUAAUAAUACUAGGAAUAGUAGAGCAAGUCUUGAAACUAAAUGUCCGACUGCUUACUUGAAGAUGCUAUUCUCUACUUCGCUAACUAUCAUAGUUCCUCAGUCUCAGAACAAGCUCGGAAACAGGCUUCUCAAGAUCUACAACCUCAAACAAAACUUGAAGAUCUGCGAGCUUUCGUUCCCGUCAAAUAUUAUCAACAUCAAGCUUAACCGCAAACGUUUACUUGUCUUUUUGGAGAUCGGCCAUAUCUAUAUCUACGACUUGAGUUGUGUCAGACUCAUCAAAAUCUUGGAAGUCAACUCAUACUUGAAUGAAACGGUAUCUACUGCAAAUAAUUUAACCGAUUCUGGUCAAACAGCAAGACUUAUUGGAGACUUGAGUGCUGACGACAACUCGUUCUUGGUGUUGCCACUUUCAGCCAUCAAUGACCAGACUGAUCUCUUCAACCAUGAACAUUCGUCGGCUUCUCCACUGAGAAAGUCUGACUCGACCAUAAUAGCGAACUCUCUUGACUCCUUGAUUGAGUACACACACAAAGAUACCCAUCACUUGCACAAAAAGGGCAGUAUCACCCUCGACGAUCUCAAAAAGGACAGCAAUGGAUGGGUUAUCGUGUAUGACACCAUUGAAUUGAGACCUCGGUUGAUAUUCAAAGCUCAUAAUUCAAGUAUAGGCAAGAUUACUGUCUCGAAUGAUAACUCCAAGAUAGCUACUGCAUCAGUAAAGGGCACUAUCAUAAGAGUAUUUCUGAUUGAUAGCAACAGUUUCUCCAGUGACAAGCUUAAAAUUUCGCAAGUGACGAACUUGAGAAGAGGCCAUAAUCUCGCGAGGAUCAACACGUUAAGCUUCAAUGCGGACAAUCUGAUUUUGGGCUGUGGUUCUGAAAGUAAUACAAUCCAUUUCUUUAGAUUGAAUGAAAAAGCAGAAGCUACGUCUCCUGGCAAUUCGGAUGAGGGAAAUACUGAAGACUACGAGGCAAACGACCACGAUAGCGAAUCUUCAGAAGACUUGAAUGAGAACUUGGCCAAUUUGCUAGUAUCCAAUCCAGCACCUCCCGUGGAUGCAGAGGAGAACCAUAAACAGAGCAAGUCUUAUUUCAGUUUCUCUAAUCUAAAGAGUACUACAAAAUUGAUUAACAACCAAUACACCAAGUCUAUCAUAAAGAAGUUACCUUACAAGGAUUACUUUGAAAACUUGAUAUGGGAGCCUCCGAGAAGGUCGUUUGCCUACAUUAAGCUUCCAGAAUAUACUCCACCCCAUCACUAUGGAGGACAACAUUUCACCUCUGAAUCCACCAGUCCAGAGAAUAGAGUGGAGAUUGGCUUCAGCAAUUCGUUGAUCUUGUUGGCAUCGUACCAAACAGGAAUCUUCUACCACUAUCAGUUGCCCAAGCCCGUGGGAAGCACCAGAGUUGGGCUGCCAUCGGAAGAGGAAAAGAGAGAGGAAUGCUAUCUUAUCAACCAGUAUAGUUUGGUCUGA